AUAAUCCGAAAUCCAGACUCACAGACCCAAAAAAAAUAAGCAGUGGAACAGACGGAGAAUGAAAGGAAGCACAUGGAUAGUGUACUUGGAUUGAACCAUUGCCAUGUCAAAGUAGGACUUCCAUGGAGAUUCAAUCCCUCUAACAAAGCCUUUCUCUGUCCCCAAAACCCUAUUCUCCAAAGCCCUAAACCCUCCUAUUCCAAUCCUAAACAAUUCUCCCUUUCUAUCUUCUCUGUUCCACAGCAUAGCUCCGCAACGCACACGACCCUUCUUGUUGAGACUUUCCAUCAGCACCGAAGCCUUAAAGCCUUGCUCAAAAAGCUCAGCAAGAAAGAUUCUUGCCCUUUGCAAGUGCUUAGUGAAGAUGGUGAUUGGAGCAGGGAACAUUUCUGGGCUGUUAUUGGAUUCCUCAAACAUGCUUCAAGAUUCAAUGAGAUUCUUCAGGUGUUUGAUAUGUGGAAGCAGAUUGAGGAAUCGAGGAUUAAUGAGUUGAACUACAAUAAGAUAAUUAAACUGCUUGGUGAAGAGAAUUUGGUGGAAGAAGCAGUAAAGUUAUUUCUAGAGAUGAAGAAAUAUGAACUUUGUCCUUCUUUGGAGUCUUACAAUUCAAUUAUUCAUGGUUAUGCUAGAAAAGGGAACUUCGAUGAAGCUUUACGUUUUCUUAAUGAGAUGAAAGAAAUGAAUGUGGCACCGGAAACUGAUACCUAUGAAGGUCUGAUUGAAGCUUAUGGAAAACACAAAAUGUAUGAUGAGAUGGGAAUGUAUGUGAAGAAGAUGGAGUUGAAUGGUUGUCCUCCUGACCAUAUUACUUAUAAUAUGCUUAUCCGAGAGUUUUCUCGAGCUGGAUUGCUCAAAAGAAUGGAAAGAGUUUAUCAAACCAUGCUUUCGAAAAGAAUGCGUUUGCAAUCUUCCACAUUGGUUGCAAUGCUCGAGGCUUAUGCUAGAUUUGGAAUCUUGGAGAAGAUGGAAAAGGUUUAUAUGAGAAUUUUGGACUCAAAGACCCGCUUACCGGACAAUUUGAUAAGGAACUUGGCUGAGGUUUAUAUUGCGAAUUAUAUGUUUUCUAGACUAGACAUCUUGGGGGUUGAUCUUUCUUCGAGACAUGGCGGGACAUAUCUCGCUUGGUGUUUGCGUCUUCUGUCUCAUGCUUGUCUUCUCAGUCGAAAAGGAAUGGAUUCCAUUAUUCGGGAGAUGGAAGAAGCUGAAGUUUCAUGGAAUAUAACAAUUGCAAACAUUAUCAUGUUAACUUAUUUGAAGAUGAAAGAUUUCACGCGCUUGAGAAUUUCUUUCUCCAAAUUGUUAACUCAUAAUUUGAUGCCUGAUCUUGUCACUGUUGGAAUUCUAUUCGAUGCAAAAAAUAUGGGUUUCGAUGGGGCUGAAACUUUAGAAAUAUGGAGAAGGAUGGGCUUCCUUUACAAAGCUGUGGAAAUGAACACUGAUCCUCUAGUUCUUACUGCAUUUGGAAAGGGACAUUUUCUUAGAAACUGUGAAAUGGCAUAUUCCUCGCUUGAACCUGAAGUUAGAGGAAAAGAGACAUGGACAUACCAUAGCCUAAUUAAUUUGGUGUUCAAACAGAGAGGAAAACAAUGUCAGUCUAUGGGAGAACAAUCAAGUCAGAGCUAAAGCUAGCUUAUCAAAGACAGUUAAUUGAAUUCCCUAGUCUUUUUUGUACUAAACCUGUAACUUUUUGUACAGACUGACAGACUAGACUCUCUGUUGAUCGAGCAGUUUUUAGGUACCA